AUGAAGUUCACACUCGGUAACAAGGCUGCUAUGGCUGAGACGCCUAGCGAGGUGCUCAACUGGCGACUUUACUGGAGCACCUUCGUCUUUGGUGUUCUAGGUGCUAGCCGUGGUCUUGACGAAGGCCUUGUCGGCGGAAUGGUCACCCUCCAGAGCUUCAAAGAAGAGUUCGGCUUAGAAAACGGCUCCGAGCACCACCAAGCACAAGUCGAGUCCAACAUCACCAGCAUGGUCCAGAUCGGCUCCAUAGCCGGAUCCCUGCUCGCCUUCUUCCUCUGCGACAAAGUCGGCCGUGUUCGAUCCCUCCAAAUUCUCUGCCUCCUCUGGCUCGUUGGCUUCAUCAUUGUGAUCACCAGCCACGGCAGUGUGGGACAAGUACUGGCCGGACGCUUCAUUGCAGGACUCGGCAUUGGCAUGACUGUCGUUGUAGGACCUACGUACCUUGCUGAGACGGCACCGAGGGCGAUCCGUGGUAUGCUUACCAACAUCUUUGCUGGUUCAGUGUAUCUCGGUGUCAUGAUUGCUUAUUUCAGCAACUGGGGCGCGUCCAUCAAUAUGCCCAACUCUUCUCGGUACCAAUGGGUGGCACCUCAAACGUGCCACAUUGGCUUUUCUGGACUUCUUCUUAUUCUCUCCUUUACCGCCCCCGAGACCCCCCGCUGGCUCACCAUGAAAGGCCGCGACGCCGAGAGCACAAAAGCCCUCUGCAAACUCCGCCAACUCCCCGAAACACACCCCUUCGUACAGGCAGAGAUCUACGGCAUCCGCGACCAGCUCGAGCGAGAGCAAGAGGCUGUCCUCGGUGUCUCGCGGUGGGGCAAAAUACGCGAGCUCGUCACUCUUCCUGCCAACCGAUACCGCUUUAUGCUCGGCUUCAUGGCUCAGCUUUUGGGACAGUGGUCCGGCGCGAGUGCAAUCACCAUCUACGCAGCUGAAUUCUUCGGCGUGCUCGGAAAGUCAGGCCAAUCUGAGAAGCUGUUCGCUACAUGUAUCUUGGGUGUGGUGAAGCUCACUUCUGCUUAUGCCUGCGCUUUCUUCCUCGUCGAUUUCAUCGGCAGACGUCGUUCUCUCUACGCCGGUAUCUCGAUACAGUUCAUCUCCAUUCUGUACAUUGCCGUCUUCCUCGCAGUCGUCGGCACAGAAGCCCUGGAGAAUGGUACCUUGACCAGCACCCAGAAGCAAGCUGGCGUCGGGGCAGUUACAAUGUUGUAUCUCUCCGGAGUCGGCUGGACCAUGGGCUGGAACUCUUUCCAGUACCUCGUCAACGCCGAGAUCUGGCCUCUCCGUCUUCGAGCUCUGGGCAGUUCCCUUACCAUGUGCUUGCAUUUCGCUAACCAAUACGGUAAUACUAAAGCAGUUCCUCUUAUGCUGCUUGCGAUGACGAGUGCUGGGUUCUUCUUUUUCUGCGCUGCUGUUUGUAUCCUUGGGUUGCUCUGGGUGUGGCUGUUUGUUCCUGAAAUGGCAGGACGCUCGCUCGAGAGUACCGAUGAGCUUUUUUCGUUGCCUUGGUACAAGAUUGGACGUUACGGAAACAAGCUUGCGCCUGAUGGGGAAGCUAUUAUGGCACGUGAUGAGAAGGCUGAUAUGAAGAAUGAGGUGGAGAUGAGGGAGGUUGCUUAA